AUGCCCCCGCCGCCUAUAAGGCCGACCCAGCCUCUGUAUCGAGCGUCCAAGAGUCUCCCGCCAGUCCGAUUGCCAAAUGCGACGAUAGCGUGCGACCAGUGCCGGAAGGACAAGGCAAAAGAGCCCCUCGCCCUCAAGCAUAAACUCGAGACGCUAGAGCAGGACCGGUCCUUGUUCAUCCAGCUGCUCGAGACACUCCGUGGAGAAGACCAGGUGAAAGCGGACAGAUUGUUGAGAAUAAUUCGGAGGAGCAAGGUGUCGUUUGACGAGAUCCGACGGUGCAUUGCUGAUGACUUUGAUCCGGAUACUGUGAUUACCAACGAGCCUCGACUUAUGCAAGCAGACUCGCAGCAACAUUUGUCGCAUUCGCGGUCGUUGAGUCGGUUGCGGGUUAUGGAUAUUAAGUGGUUGUCGGAUAAUCCUCAAUGGAAGGUUCCUGCACAGCCGUGGACUUCGGUUUCGGAUGAUGAUAACUUUGUGUCUCAUUUGGUGUCGCUGUAUUUCACCUGGCAUAAUACCACGCUCAACUGGAUUGAUCCUGAGCUGUUCUUGAUGGAUAUGGAGAAGGGUCAAUUGGGAGCUCGGUUUUGUUCUCCGUUUCUUGUCAACAGUAUUCUUGCUGUGGCUUGUUUCUAUUCUAGUUAUCCUGAAGUAUUUGCCGAACCGGGUGAUCCUAAUACCAGGGGAAUGCAUUUCUACAACGAAGCGAAUCGAUUUUUUGAUGAGCAGCAGGGGAAGCCUAGUGUUACGAACCUUCAAGGACUGGGUGGGAUUUAUACAUGUUUCUUCUUCAGCAACAACGAUAAACCGCCUCAAUCGAAUACCGAGAAGAUGGUUGUAAAUGUCUACACGGAUUUACAACAAUGGACCAAGGUGCUUCCCGAAUGCGUGAGCCUGGGGAAUGUACCAACCCCCGGAGUCCUGGACAUGCAAAUCAUGACCAUCUUCGGCUUCAUCCAAAACUCCUCGAUAAUCGACAAAUCCUCGCCCGCCCACCGCGCGCGCGAAUUACGCUUGUCCUCCGCCCACGAACUCCGUAAACUCCUCGACAUCGAACGCACAAAUUGGCCCAUCGAAUACAUGCCCAUGGUCAGCUCGUAA